AUGAAUAUAUAUUUGGGAUCUUAAAAUUUUAAUAGCAUUUAAUUAAAAAAUACAAAUAUUUCAGGAUUAAGCUUUUUUGAUUGUGACUUAGCAAAUUCAAAAUUUUUAAAUGUUGAAAUUAAUUCUUGCAAUUUUAAUUUUGCUGAUUUGUCAAAUGUUGAGUGGAUUAAUGUUAGAUGUAAAGAAAAACCAUUUCUUAAAGCCCAUAUAAAAAAAGUGAUAGCUAUUCAAUUUUCACCUAAUGGGUAAUUAAUUGCUUCUGCUGGUGAGGAAAAUGUAAUAAAACUAUGGAAUGCAGAUUCAUAUUAAUUUAUCUUAAAUUUAGAAGGACAUGCAGGUUAAAUAAAUACAUUAUAAUUUACAAAAGACUCUUUAAAACUAUUUUCAGGAAGUGAUGAUUGUACAAUAAGAUAAUGGGAUUUAAACUAGGAAAUAAAUCCUAAAAGUACGAUUAAAAGUGAAAUUGUUGAUUAGUUCUAGGAUGAAAUAUUAAAAGUAUAAAUAUCAAAGGAUACAAACAAAUUAUAUGCACUUGAUAAAAAGGAAUGCUUCUAUAUUCUUAAUUUAUCAAUUCUUUGGUUUGAUGAUUUUGUUUUAACAAUGUAAAAAUCUUCAUUUAAUUUAUUCUGUCUAAACCCAAAAUAAACAAUAGUUGCGAUUGCUUAUGAUAAUAGUGAGAUUGAAUUAAUUGACUAUGAAACUAAAAGUAGUAAAGUCAUUGAUACUGUUAAAGAUCAAAUUUAUAAAAUGGAAUUUAGUGAAGAUGGAAAUUACCUUGCGAUAGCAACCAAUAGUAGUACUUUUAUAUUAGAUAUAAAUAAAAAUAAAAUGAUAAGUGAAUUUUAAUUUGCUGAUAUAGAAUUAUCGACGAUUCUGUUUGAUUUAGAAUCUAAUGAUAUAAUUUUUAGUGCAAAUGAAUUCAUCUUUCUGAGGAAAAUACAUUAACCAAAAAUUGAAUGUUAAGAAAAGAAAGAAAAAUGUUUUGAUAUAGUAAUAUCUCCAAAUGGAAAAUUAGCUGCUUUACUAUUUGAAAAAAAAAUCAUUAUCAAAGAAGUCCUUUCAUAAAAUUUUGAAAGACUUAUACCUUUUGAUUUAUAACCAAAUUAGAUUAAAUUUUCAGAAGAUAGUAAUAAAUUAUCAUAUUUUUUAAAUGAAUAAGAAACUAUAAAGCAUUUUUAAAUUAUUGACAUAAAAUAGCUUCAAAUAAUUUAUGAAAUUUCUUGGAAUUAUAAUUAGUGGAAAAGUCUUGUCAUUUCCUAAAAUUUUGAGAAACUAGUAAUUUUGUUUAAUAUUUUAGAAAAUGAAAUUCCACUAUUUGAUGGAGCAAUUAUAUUGA